UUAGUGUUACAAGGUCUCAGGUGUGAAUGGGGAGCAGGUGUGUUAAAUUUGGUGUUAUCUUCUCUCACUCUCUCAUACUGGUCAGUGGAAGUUCAACAUGGCAGCUUAUGGCAAAGGACUCUCUGAGGAUCUGAAAAAAAGAAUUGUUUCUCUACAUAAAGAUGGCCUAAGCUUUAAGAAGAUUGCCAAGACCCUGAAACUGAGCUGCAGCAUGGUGGCCAAGACCAUACAGUGGUUUAACAGGACAGGUUCCACUCAGAACAGGCCUUGCCAUGGUCGACCAAAGAAGUUGCACGUGCUCAAUGUCAUAGAGGUUGUCUGCUGAGGUUGAGUGCUGCCAGCAUUGCUGCAGAGGUUGAAGAGGGCUCAGACCAUACACUGCACACUGCAUCAAAUUGGUCUGCA